AUGGCGACCGAAAGAAUAAGAAAAAACCCAAGAAGAACGAUUGCUCCUCCUUCACCAUCACCGCCAAAUCCAAAUCCAAGCGCAACCCAUUCCAUCUCCUCGAUCAAUUCACAAUACCCAUAUCCUAUAAUGGCUGUAGCCACAUUUUCCCUCGUCCUCUUCCUGACUUCGCUCUCGUCCUUCGCCGCCGGCGCGCCGUUUCAGCCGGACGACCGGUUCCUCAUCGCCUGCGGAUCCAAGAGCCAGCUACAACUCCCCGACGGCCGUACAUUCAUGAGCGACGAGGAAGCCAAAGGGUUCCUAAAGAGCGAAGAGAACAUUGUCGUCUCCGUUCCUUCCGGCGACGUCCCUUCCUCCGUUUACCUUAACGCCAGGAUUUUCACCACCGAGGCUAUGUACAGCUUCACGCUGAAAUCCCCCGGCUGGCAUUGGAUUCGCCUCUAUUUCUACCCGCUGAAGAACAAUAACAAGGAUUUGAAAACGGCUAGGUUUACGGUGACGACGGAUAGGUACGUUCUGCUCCACGAUUUCAAUUUGGGGAACGAAACCGCCGUCUCCAAAGAGUACCUUAUACAGAUAACCGACCAGAUCUUCUCGAUCCACUUGAAGCCGGCGAAAGAUUCGGUGGCUUUUAUCAACGGGAUCGAACUCGUUUCCGCUCCCGACGAGUUGAUCGCCGACGAAGGAACGGAGCUUUUCCCCAUGACCGGAUUCUCCGGAUUGACGAAGUACGGUUACCACACCGUUUACAGGUUGAAUAUGGGUGGGAGCCUGAUUACUCCGAAGAAUGAUUCUUUGGGGAGGACAUGGGAGAAUGAUAGGCGUUACCUUAAGGCUGAUGUUUUGGCUCAGAAUGUGACAGUCCCAACCUCGGCGAUUAACUAUGGGAAGACGGUUACGCCAUUGAUAGCGCCGCCGUCUGUGUACGCAACUGCUGAUAAGAUGGCUAAUGCGCAGACGACCGAGGCCAAUUUCAAUGUGACGUGGAAUUUGGAUGCUGACCCUUCGUUCAAUUAUCUACUCCGGCUUCAUUUCUGUGAUAUUGUGAGCAGGUCUCUGAAUUCUCUCUACUUCAAUGUGUAUAUCAAUGGCAGGACCGCAAUCUCUGCCUUGGAUUUGUCUGCACUUACUGGCCAAUUGGCGUCUCCGUACUUCAGAGAUAUUGUGGUGAGUUCGUCGUUGAUAACUAAAGGGCUUGUGGUUGAGAUUGGUCCUACCCAUGAGGAUACAGGAAGUAAAGAUGCGUUUUUGAAUGGUUUGGAGGUGUUGAAGAUGAGCAAUAGUGUUGAUAGCUUGGAUGGAGAGUUUGGUAUUGAUGGGAGGCAAGCUAUAGCGAAUCGCAACACGGUUGCAGCUGUUGGGUUUGCGAUGAUGUUUGGAGCUUUUGUGGGUCUUGGUGCAAUGGUGAUGAAGUGGCAUAAAAGACCACAGGAUUGGCAGAGAAGGAACAGCUUCUCUUCAUGGUUACUUCCUCUCCACGCUGGUGAUAGUAGUUUCCUGUCAAAGGGCUCAAUGGGUUCCCACAAAUCGAACUUCCACUCGUCGACGUUUGGUCUAGGGCGAUUCUUCUCCCUCGCGGAGUUGCAGGAAGCUACGAAGAACUUCGAUUCGAGCGCGAUAAUCGGGGUGGGAGGGUUUGGAAAUGUUUAUAUAGGUGAGAUUGACGAAGGCACUAAAGUUGCUGUCAAGAGAGGAAACCCACAAUCCGAGCAAGGGAUCAACGAGUUUCAGACCGAGAUUCAGAUGCUAUCGAAGCUUAGGCACAGGCAUUUGGUGUCACUGAUUGGAUACUGUGAUGAGAACGAUGAGAUGAUCUUGGUUUAUGAGUUCAUGUCUCAGGGACCCUUUAGAGACCAUCUCUAUGGCAAGAACUUGCCACCAUUGUCGUGGAAGCAGAGGCUGGAGAUUUGCAUAGGCUCAGCUCGUGGGCUGCAUUACCUGCACACGGGGACAGCACAAGGGAUCAUUCACAGGGAUGUCAAGACGACGAACAUCUUGCUUGAUGACACGUUUGUGGCUAAAGUUGCAGACUUUGGGUUGUCCAAAGAUGGGCAGAUGGGGCAGAACCAUGUGAGCACUGCUGUGAAGGGAAGUUUCGGGUACUUGGAUCCAGAGUACUUCAGGAGGCAGCAGUUGACUGAUAAAUCGGAUGUGUAUUCAUUUGGGGUGGUGUUGCUGGAGGCAUUAUGUGCUAGGCCUGCAAUCAACCCAGCACUGCCGAGGGAGCAAGUGAAUUUGGCCGAGUGGGCUAUGCAGUGGAAGAGGAAAGGGUUAUUGGAGAAGAUCAUUGAUCCUCACCUGGCCGGGACUAUUUGCCCCGAAUCGAUGACCAAGUUCGCUGAGGCUGCGGAGAAAUGCUUGGCUGAGCAUGGUGUGGAUAGGCCUGGCAUGGGGGAUGUGUUGUGGAACUUGGAGUCCGCGUUGCAGCUUCAAGAGCAGUUCUUACAAAAGAAGAGUGAAGAUGAUAAUGGGGAUAAAGAAUCUCCUACAGAAGCUCCUGUUGCGGCUUCUGCUGCUGUUCCUGUUCCUGUUGCUGCCUCUCCAGCUCCUUUGCCACCUGCUGCUCCUCCGACCGGGGAUUCUUCAUCUUCUUCGAGGGAUACGGGGAGUCAGAAUCGAGCAGGAGGACCGAAUGAAGUUCAUGCCAUUAGUGAACACUCUGGCACUGCCGUGUUUGCACAAUUCUCAGACCUAAGUGGAAGGUAA